CUGGUGUCCCGUCAGGGCGCGGGCGGGUCGCGUCGCCCCCGCCAUGUCCCUCCCGCUGCGGCCCCGCCGCCCACUACUUAAAGCGGCGGGAAGCGGGUGCCGUGCCGCUCGCGCCCUGUCCGCGUGUUUCCACAGAAGAUGGCCUCGACGUGCCCACGGCCCCUGCUGAGGUACCGGUCCUUCGCCAUCCUCUUGCUCGCACCGCUGCUGCUGCUGCCGCUGCCGAUCACUGUGCCCACGCGGGAAGCCAAAUGCGCAUAUAUCAUCAUCAUCAUGGCUGUGUACUGGUGCACUGAAGUUAUCCCACUGGCUGUUACUUCCCUAAUGCCAGUUGUAUUUUUCCCUCUGCUUGGAGUUCAGAGCUCUAAAUCAGUGUGCUUGCAGUAUCUAAAUGACACAAAUAUGCUCUUUGUUGGAGGGCUGAUAGUUGCAAUUUCUGUUGAACGGUGGAAUCUUCACAAAAGGAUUGCGCUGAGAGUCCUGCUGAUACUUGGGGUGAAGCCUGCACUCCUCAUGCUGGGGUUUAUGAUAGUCACUGCCUUCCUGUCCAUGUGGAUAAGUAACACAGCAACCACUGCUAUGAUGGUUCCCAUUGUUCAGGCUGUCCUGGAUCAAAUGGACAACACAGAAAAUGAUGUGACCAUGAUGGAACAAGCAACUGGCCAAACAAAUACAGUGAUUGAGCUGGAGGAAAAGAAUGCAUCAGAUCCCACUCCAGUGCAGGUCAUAAGCAAUGGACAAGUUCCUGAUGGCACCAGAUCUUCUGAGGAAAAGAAAAUGAAGAAACGUAUAUGUAAGGGAAUGACACUGUGUGUGUGCUAUGCUGCCAGCAUUGGAGGAACUGCAACACUGACUGGAACAGGGCCAAACAUGGUAUUGAAAGGCCAGAUGAAUCAAUUAUACCCCAACAAUAAUGAUGUCCUGAAUUUUGCUUCCUGGUUUGGGUUUGCCUUUCCAAACAUGAUUCUGAUGUUGGUGUUAGCGUGGCUUUGGCUUCAGUGCUCUUUCAUGGGAUUCAACUUUAAAAAAAGCUGGGGAUGUGGGACAGUGAGAACUGCUAAAGAAAAAGCUGCAUACAACGUGCUGAAAGCAGAAAUGAAGAAAUUGGGCCCUAUCUCUUAUGCUGAAUUCAAUGUCCUCGUAAUGUUUGCCUUGCUGGUUGUCUUGUGGUUUUCCAGACACCCAGGCUUUGUAAAAGGCUGGGCUAGCAGGGUCUUUCCAGAAGGAGAAAAAUAUAUCACUGAUUCUGCUCCUGCUGUGUUUAUUGCCCUGCUACUGUUCAUCCUUCCUGCUAAUAAACCCAAAUUCAUAGGCUGGAGUUCAAGCAUGUCUGACACUGAACAGACUGAAGAAGAUAUUAAGAAGCCAUUUUUAUCAGCCCCACUGCUGGACUGGAAUGUGGUUCAGAGGAAGAUGCCCUGGAACAUUGUGCUGCUGCUGGGAGGAGGUUUUGCUUUGGCUGAUGCAAGCGCAAACUCUGGACUCUCAGGUUGGCUGGGUCGUCAGAUGACUCCAUUAGGAUCUAUUCCACCCUGGUCCAUUGCAACUGUACUUUCCCUUAUUAUAGCAGUCUUCACUGAAUGCACCAGUAAUGUUGCCACAGCCACUCUCUUCCUACCUGUCUUUUCAUCCAUGGCUGUAUCUGUCAAGAUCCACCCUUUGUACGUUAUGCUGCCAAGUACUCUGAGUGCUUCCUUUGCCUUCAUGCUGCCUGUUGCGACACCUCCAAAUGCAAUAGUGUUUUCCUAUGGCCACAUCCGGGUUUUGGACAUGGUUAGGUCUGGAAUAGUAAUGAACAUCAUUGGAGUCUUCUGUGUCACACUGGCAAUCAACACAUGGGGAAGACCUAUAUUUGAGCUGGACACAUUCCCAACAUGGGCAAACAGCACAACUAAUCAAUCCAGUGUUAGAUGCUACCUUCUGGGAGUCACACAUCAGAUCAAGUAUGGACCAACUCAUUACAGUCAUGCUGGAGACAAAUGUGCUGUUUAAUUAUGGUAUGUUUGGAUCAUAAGUAUGAUCAAGUGAUUCACUGCAUUUUCAACCAAGGUCAAGAGUUAGAAUUUAUUUAACUUAUGAAAUAAAAAGAGGGCAAGCUGUCGUAUCAAAUAGUUUGGACUAUUUUAUCACUGGUAUGUAUCUGUAAAUCAUUGUCAUUGGACACAGUUAAGAGCUGACAAUUCAUUAACUGCUACAUAUCAACAAGUCAACAGCUGUACAAAGAAAUUCCCAAUGUCACUUAUUUAGGGUAAAGUCUGUUAUGUUUUAAUCUGGAUUCAACCUUGUGGUGAGCUGUCUCCAAGUCAGCAUGCAAAUGUUUUUGAUCACCUUGUUUUCAUUCCCAGAUCUCAGUGCGUUUAGACACCAUUAUCGAGAGUCAGGAUAAUGUGAUGCCAUGCUAGUUAAGAUUCUGUUGAAGUCUUGAGCAAUUAUGUUGGCUGUGUGUUCCUUGCACUGGUAGGGUCAAGAAUCUUUCCUCCAUUGGCUCCAGGUAGAUGUGGUUUCACAGGUUUUGUUAGUGCCAGCUUGGAAAUGACUGGUCGAGCAUAGGACUUCACACCUACUGGAAAAGCUCCUGGAUUCAUCUUAUUAAAUAACUGUAGAAUUUUGAAGUGGAAACAAGGCAAGAGAGAGGCUCUAAUUGAAGGCCUUGCAAACAACAAGGGGUGCAAAUGACAGGGCUUGUGCUGAUUGUGUACUUUAGAAUCCAGGUCCUGUGACAAAACUGUAGCACCUACUCAUGUAACUUCUGAAGCAAAAGUCAGUCAAAAAAUUAAUGUUGGACUAGGUGUAUCUUGUCAUUGUGUAUGAAUGUUUAUUUAGCCUUGAAGAUGAAGUUGGGAUGUAAGGCCUUGUGUUGUAGUGGACACAUCUAUGAUCAUGACCCAAGUUUUUGUUUCUGGAUUUGCUGUACAACCUCAGGCAGGUCAAUUUACUACUUUUUAUCUCUGUUUCCCAUUCUGAAAAGAUAUUACAGAACUUGUCUACCUCAUAGGAUGUUGUGAAGAAAUAAGGGUCAACUUAUUUCUACUUUAAGGGUAAUUUUCCACCUUGAGGGGGGGGAAAAAAGCUACAUCUGGCCUCUGGCACUAUAACGUGUGUAGAAUAUUUAACAGGUUUGUAGUUAACAUGAAUGUUCCUUACAUAACUGUAAAAAAAUAUUCAUGUUUUAACUUUAAAAGCGAGUCAAGUGCAUAUAUCCACAAGAUCACUAGUUGCUUUUAUGAGCAGAAAAUUUCUUCAGUAUUGAUUUGAGUUUCAUGCUUUUAUCUUCUAUGGUCUUUCAAGGUGCUGAGCACUAUAAACUCUCCACUGACUGUUGUUCCUGGUAUCUCCAAUAGCAUUCUGUCUACCUAGCUGGCUGCAUAUGAUGCAGCCUCAUACCUCUUCCAUGGAAUGAUGGGAUGUGUGGAUAAACACUUGCAAAGUGUUUCUAAGGAAAAGAUCAGUUCUGUUGCCAAGAAAUAGCUUUGUCACAGGUGUUAGUCACCACCUGAAGGUUAUCACAGUAUUCAUUUAAGGAUGUAAAGCCAGAACCAACUAAGCACCUCCUAUGCUUUGGAAAUCAUCACUUAAUGCUGACUUGCAUCUGUAGGUAUCUAAUUGCAUUUGAGAAAGUGACUUUUGUUUUGACAGUCCUUGUAAUAUGAGGACACUUCAUCAACUGCAAGAUUCUUCAUAGCGUUUGAUCUUCACUGUUGCAGGUGAGGUACAGUGGUGCGGCUGGGUAACACUGAGCUUGGCUCUCUCAAUUUAUACAGAUCCAAAUUCCUCAAAAAAUGGUUUCAGCUUGAGGGUAUAGGACAGGUACUUCCCUCUCCUGUUUGCAGAAAGGAACGUUCUGAAAGUAUCUUGAUGGGAAGAAAGUGCCCUCCUCUCAGCUAGGAAAGUGCUUUCUUCUGUUACGAAAGUAGAAAACAGAUGUCAUUUUCUGGAAUGGUUACACUGGGUGAGUUACAGACGUGCCAGAUCGGGGAGGAAAAUACUCAUGGUGGUGUAAAGAAAGGACUCUGACUCUUUUAAUAAACGCGGUGCGCUUGAUGUGUCACCUUGCUGCCCUGUUGAUCUCGAGUACAUCCCUCUGAGACAUCCUUAUUUAUAACAUCUUUAUAAAUGAAUAUUUGAUUUAAAUGGCAAAUUGCAGAAUUAGAGUCAGACAAAUAAAAUAUUAAGACUAUCUUCUGUCUGGCACAGAGUUUCUCCUGUGUGACGCAGCAGAUCACCUGUUUCUGCAUUGCCUUCCACUGUAGCAUAAUAUUGCUCCAGUAAGAUCCACAGUAGUACACACCAUAGAAAAUCAGUGCAAAGCAGAUUUCAGCACUGCUUCAACUAUCUUCAGGCCUGUGUAUCAAUGCUUCCUUUCAGCAUCUAAUUGAUAACUUGAGUUUCUGUCUUUAAAAAUGCUCAGGCCGAACCAAAGCUGGUGGCAUACGCUACAAGCUGUCCUGUUCAUUCCAGAAUAAAAGAUGAUAGGAAUCUAAGAAACACAGCAGUUUUUUAAGAAAUAUACUUGCACAGUCUCCAGAAUAAUGAGAGCGAACACAUUUUUCUUCACUGUCAAGCAUAUGUGUCGUCCUGCUCCUGUGCCCUGAGUAAGCAAAUGCGUUAUUUACAAUAGGUAAUGGAAAGACAAUGCUUUGUUACUGGAACUAGUUAUGUUUAUCUUCCAGCACUACAGAAUAAGAAUCAUGAGACAUGGCAUUUGUUUUUCUUCAAACCAAAAUGUUUUAGCUUUAUGCACAAGUUGUCUUUAGAUAGUGGCAUAAAAGAAUCCCUUUUCCUCCCACUUCAAAACAUGGACCACCAAAGCCAAAAGAAAGUAUGGCAGGAUUUUAGUGUGGACUUUGUUAGUACAGGUUAGUCAGCCAUACUGAACCAGCAAGUAAUUGUUUUCACAUGUGUGAUGUGAUAAAACUACAGCCCUGGACACUUGGAAGUCAUUUGGAAAGUAAAAGGUUUGCAAAGCACAUUGCUCUAAGACGAUUAGGAAUUGUUAAACGAUGUAUUUGGUAGCUUUUUAAAAACAGAUCUGACUAUAGGAAAAAGAUUUGGUUGCCCAUCUAGUUUUUUUGUCUUUUUUCUGUGGCACUGUGUCAACAGUUGCUCAUUAGUUACAGUGUAAAUGUAGAUGGUCUAUUCUGGUCAUAAGGAAGAAGUCGUUCUUCCUGUCAGGGGAAAAAAAAGUUAUCCUUUCUGUGUUUACUUUAUUUACCCACAUCUAAUUACUCAGUGGUCUUUUUUAGCAUGCAGCUUUUCAAGAAGUUUUCAUAAACUCAUGCAGGUCAGAAUGUGGGUCUCAUAAAACAUUAUUAGACCAUACUGUUGACAGAACUGGGUGUACCAGAUACUAUCACAGCCAACAUGUGUGAAUUAUUCUUCGUGAACAAUAAUGUGGGUUGGGUCUUCACAAAUAUUUUGGCAAGCAAGUUGAAUAUCAAAUUUUCCAUUAGAAAUAAAACUACUACCAUUUUUUGAUUAAGCAGUGAUUUUUUUUCAAUUAAGCAGUGAUUAUUUCUGGAGCAAGUGUGUAUUUUUCUUCAACAGCUUGUCUUGACCAUAUGGUUAAAAAUAAAAUUUUCUCUGAAGGUGGCGGAGGUUUUAGCUCCUCUUUUAACAAAGGCUGGGGGAAAAAUACAACAGCUGAAACUUCCCUGAGAGUAGCCCCUUAACCUCAGCUGCCUUCCACUGUCUCGUUUCAGAGCUUACCCUUGACUCUUUUUAUCAUAACUGUCUAUAUAUGUGAACUAGAUCAAUAAGAGCAAAUCAUAAUAUAUCACCCUAAUAUACUGGAAAUGUCCCAGUUAGAAACAAUCCUUUGAGAAUUCGUACUGGGAGAUUUACCCUUGUCUAAUAGGUAUUCAAAUAUAUAAAUAUUGACUUUUUUCCCUGCAAGUGAUUAGGGCCUAAGUAUUAGGAGUUAUUUUCUUUUUCAUUUUGGACUGAUAGGAGCUUAUGAUGGUCAGCAUUCUAGGAGUUAAUUUGACGCACGUGUCCUUCAUGAAACACCUCUCCAGUCUUUGCUAAUUUAUAUAUAUCACUGCAGCUGUUAUCUCAAUUGUGGAGUUCUUCCAUUGCACUGCAUUUUAACUGAUCUACCUGCAGACCGGUACCUGCACAGUAUAAUAUAGUUAGGGAGAAGGUCAGGAUUCUCUGCCUCCUGAGAAGCUUUAAGGAAUUAAAAUUACAAGGGUGGUUUUUUCUCCCUCUAGCUUUAUCACCUCUAAGAGUGGGAAUCAGAGGAUCAGAAAAAAGGCCCUAAAUGUUUUGGGAGGCAUAAAUCCUAGGAGGCAAAAGUCCUAGGAUGGUUUGGGUUAGAAGCAGCCUUUAAGAUCAUCUAGCAUGUUAACUGAACCACUGAGCUUGGUGUCAUCUGCAGACUGGCUGAGGCUGCACUCAAUCCCACUGUCCGUGUCUUCUACAAAGAUGUUAGCACUGGUCCCUGAGGAACACCGCUUGCCACCGGUCUCCACAUGGACGUUGAGCCACUCACCGCAAUUCUCUGAGUGCAACCAUCCAGCCAAUUCCUUCUCGAGCAAGUGAUCUGUCCACCAAAUCCAAAAGAUAAAUAAAAGUACAUGAAUUGACAGUGGUGACUCUAAUCCCAGGUGAACAGAUAUUCAUUGCAUACUCUUUCCCUUUAGUUUUUAUAAUGACUUUUCUGAUUCAAGAGAAAGGGUCAUCCCAGGAUGCUAAUCUUGCACUAGAUUUUUAUCUUUUCUCUUGAAUUUCCAAAGCAAAUUGUAGAGUUAAGGUGGUGAAAGACCCAAAGUCAGUUAAGGAAAUGUGAAGUAUUCUAUUGAUCUCAAUGUGCUCAAGAGAAAGAAAAAUAAUCAAGGAACAAAUCCUGGCACAUCUGCUCCUUUUCUUCUUGCAGUGGUAGAACAGGAGGUCUGCAAGAUCAAACAGUUCUGAAAUUAUUAUUAUAGGAAGAGAUACAAACAUUCCUUAGUGUUCUCUACAAACAUGUACAUUAAUUUUUUAUCACUAUUAUUUUUUUUAAUGUAGAAAGUAGCCUAGGAAAGAACAGAUACAAAAUACAAUAGGCUGCUUUCAUUAGGCUUAAAAAAAACCUCAAACAGCUGACAAACAGGUUAUUAAUUGUAACAUAUGAGCAGGGGGCCAAGAGAGACUGAUGAACUUAUCCCAGAGAAAAUGUGAUUCUAUAGCGAUUAUUAAAAAUAUUUCAAUUAAGAUUUUAACUCUGCAAUAUAGCAAGAAAUAAAAUCGAACACAACACAAGUAACAGGUCAAGGUGUGUUUUACACUGCUGUGUAAUUAUUCAUAAGCUCCAGGUUACUUCACAUUAUUUAAGUAUACAUGGACAUAGUCCAUUCUAGUGUAGGCCUGAUGUUCAGAGAUUAUAGGACUUGUCUACAUGAGUUAUAUUUAGAUUUGCUCCCUAAGGAGUUCAGCAUUUUUGUUUGAAUAAGUGCUGUACAAUCUUAACUGUAAGUAUUGACAGGUUGGCUAGCAAGCAAUUAAAGAAGGGUCUUAUGUUGUUGCCAAAUAUUUAGGUAGGCAUCCAUGAAAUUGUAACUAUUUGUAUACCACCUUUGCAAUGACCAAGAAUUAAAGUUAUUUUCAUCAUGGGUGGAUGAGCUUGUGGGUGAAUUUGUAUGGGAUAUUUCAAGUUUUACUUGCCAGCAGGAAAGAAUCCCACGAAUCAUAACAUUUUCAUUACCAGAGACCUUGUGUUUCUAGCACUCUUUUCUUCAGCUAUAAAAGUGCAAUACUAUUUCAAGUGCAGCUGUAUAUUCCUGUACAAGAUCAGAAGAAUCUAGUUCUCUUGAUUCUCUCAAAUCAGGCAGGUGAGAUGAUAAUAGAAAAAAAAAAGAAAAUCCAAACAAUUGAUUUCUUGUUUUUUUCUAUUUAGCCACAACGAUUUCACUAGCAUGACUCAUUUUUAUCUAAAUAUUAAUACUUAUGUCUAUCAGCAUUAUAGACCUGAUGGCAGAAAUAAACAAUAAUAAAUUAGUGGAAUUAAAGACCCUGUUCUCUUGAAUAAGAGGACUGAUGGGCUAGCAGUACUGCACACUGGAAAUGCUUCUGCUAAUAACAAUCCAUCUAAAUAGUGCAUGUGGUUUAGCACUUGUCCUAAGCAUCCUUAAGUCUAAAGCUCUUUGGGAUCUGGAUUUCCAGCAGAGGUUACAGCAGUUUGGCCCAUUCAGCAUUUCUGGGAUGAACAAGUUGAAUGUGCAUGAUCUACCAACUUUAUUUUUCUAGACAAUUAUGCUAGUGCUCUUCCAUUCCCCUCAAAAUUUCAGGAAAGCUUUGAGGUUUUGACCCCCUUCACUAGGCAAGAAUUCAGUCUAUGAGCUGUCAGAGAAGCUCUGUGCAAUAGUCUACUACUUGUUUCUGUUGUUCAUGUCUGGAAAUUGGGAGGAGGGGGAUUAAAAUGUAUUUAUCAGUUACAAAACCUACAAAACCAAUUUAUCUGCUGUUUUGGUAUAGCCAAAUCCGAACAACCUAAACUAGACAUCCAAAUUUCAGUUAGACAUCCAAAAUUUAGUUAGUCAGUACUUCUGCAUGUGGGGUGAUGGUGUGCUCAUCUAGCUCUUGAAUUUUAGGCUGUUAUGGAGGAGAAGGUCACAUUUUCAAACUUUGUCGUCAGUUGUGGAGCCAGGAUGCUUCUCUAUUUUUUUUUAAAUAAGGUCCCAUAUUUCUUGGCUCACUACAGAAUUAUUUCCUUAAAGCACCUUAAAAUUUGCUUCAAAAUGACAAGCAAUACCUUGUGAAAAUGUUGAUUGCAGUGUUGUUCUAAAGUUCAAAUCAUAUUGCUCCUUACAAAAGGCUGACCUCAAAGUUAUCCGUAUUGUACAUGUCCUAAGAAGACUGACAUUUCUAACCAAUUUAUUAAAGAAAAACAAAAUGCUUUCUGAACAUUUGCCUUUUAGUUUGGAAUUCUUGGCUUCAUAUUGGCCUUCUGUAUAUGGAGGAGUACCAUAGUUAUAUGAGUACACAUUGCCAGGUCUGUAAACCACAGACAUCCAAGUCUUUUUACACCUUUUUGCCAAACUUACCUCUUAGCUCAAUGGAGUUUAUUAGUCUUCAAAUGAAGACUGUUCUACGGUGACUGUGAUAGCUUCACUUCUGAAAGGUGUUACCUGCCUAUUACUUGACCUAAAAAAACAAACAAAAAAAACCCUGAUGAAUAGUUAAGCCUUUAACUAAAUAUGCUCUAACAAUUGUUUCAGUCAGUGAUAACUAUGAUCUUGCUUCUAUUCAAUUGUAAUUAUAACACUGGAGUAAAAAAAUUGCAGAGUUUGUACUGGCUGGGUAUAUUUAUAACAUAAUGCUAACAUAAUGCAUGCUCUGUUCUCUG